GAAGGAUGCGAAACCCAGAAGGCAGCCGAAAGGGGACGCUGGCCCCGCCCUCGCCCGGCCCAGUGGAAGGCAGUGCUUCCACCUUCCAAGAGAGUGAGGCUCGCCGCUGCCUGAAGUUCCCUCAGAUCGGGAUUUCAAAUCGGAGACACCAGUAUCCCGCACCUCCCUACACGCGUCCAGGCAGAGAUCGACAGGGAUGGGCGGCAGGAUGUGGCUGCCAUUCCCCGUGCUGCUCCUGUCCGCUCUGCCCGCAGCGUUGCUGCGCGGGGCGGCCGGCUUCACACCCUCUUUGGACAGUGAUUUUACCUUCACGCUGCCGGCCGGCCGGAAGGAGUGUUUCUACCAGCCCAUGCCCCUGAAGGCAUCGUUGGAGAUCGAAUACCAAGUUUUAGAUGGAGGAGAAUUAGAUAUUGAUUUCCACCUUACCUCUCCAGAGGGCAGAACCUUAGUUUUUGAACAAAGAAAAUCAGAUGGUGUUCAUACUAUAGAGACUGAAGAUGGUGAUUACAUGUUCUGCUUUGAUAACACAUUCAGCACCAUUUCUGAGAAGGUAAUUUUCUUUGAAUUGAUCCUGGAUAAUAUGGGAGAAGAGGUUCAAGGCCAAGAAGACUGGAAAAAGUAUAUUACUAAUACAGAUGUCCUGGAGAUGAAGCUAGAAGAUAUCCUGGAAUCCAUCAACAGCAUCAAGUCCAGACUAAGCAAAAGUGGCCACAUACAAACUCUACUUAGAGCAUUUGAAGCUCGAGAUCGAAACAUACAAGAAAGCAACUUUGACAGAGUCAAUUUCUGGUCUGUGGUUAACUUGAUGGUCAUGGUGGUGGUGUCAGCUAUUCAAGUUUAUACGCUGAAAAGUCUAUUUGAAGAUAAGAGGAAAAGUAGAACUUAAAACUCCAACACAGAUUAUUUAACAUUGAAAAAAAGAGGUAGAAAAUUCUAAUACACUGUUACACAGUCAAGAUAUUAGUCAUAUUUCCCAUAACAUUUUUAGAAAUGUAUGUAAGUGUAAGAUAAUGUAAAAUUUAUUAUGAAAGGAAAAUCAUUAUGUCCAGAUAACUUUAUUGACUUGUUUUAUACUUAAGUAUGAAACAAGAUGUCAUGUAAAAUUUAGAUUUAAUUGAAUGAAGCCAUAAUAACUAUUUUCCUAAAGUUAAAAAUCUUUCCCAGAUAUCAUAUAUGAAUUAAAUGAAUUAACAAUGUUCAUAAACAUGCCACCAGUUUGCUUUUACCUAGAAUUUUCUCUGUAUAUGUGGCAGGUACAAGUUAAAGAAGUUUCCAAUACCUUACAUUAGAAAUCAUUUGAUGGCCGGGCAGUGGUGGCGCACGCCUUUAAUCCCAGCACUUGGGAGGCAGAGGCAGGUGGAUUUCUGAGUUCGAGGCCAGCCUGGUCUACAAAGUGAGUUCCAGGACAGCCAGGGCUAUACAGAGAAACCCUGUCUUGAAAAAACAAAAAUAAAAAUAAAAAUAAACAAAAAAAAAAAAAAAAAGAAGAAAGAAAAGAAAAAAAGAAGAAAUCAUUUGAUAAUUAUAUAAUCAUGGACUGAAUAGAUCAGCUUUUCUCUACUAAAUCUCUCCAAAAAAAGUAAAUACAAGCAUACCACUGAAAAAAUACUCCUAUCAUUUUUACAACCAAAUAUAAUGUGAAAUAUUAUCCACAAGUAUUAGUUUUUAUAUACUUAGUCUAUACUUCCAAAACCUAACAUUUUUAUAAUUAAAACUGGAAAGGGAUUCUUUCUUUAUAAAAAUUAGACAGUGUCUUUGUCUUUGAUAUAAGGUAUAUAAAGGGUAGUUGAUGUUUGUGACUGAGAUGCAUUCUGUCUAGACGUUAGCUAAGAUUAAAUUAGAGAUAAGAUGAACUUAUUUUUAUAUUACGCAUCAGCAGUGUUAAGUUGGUAUUGAUAAUGCAUUAUCACAAGCAGGUGUGAGGGACAUACUAAUGAAAAGAUCUGACAUCAGUGUAAAUAAACAGCUCCUUUCUAAAUUCUCAAAACCAUCAGAAACAUGAAGGAAAAAAAUGAGAUAAAUAUGACACCAGAUCCAACAAGUUUACCUAGAGAAGUGUAACAUCUAGAAUCAGGUGGGCUCUUCUUGCUAACCCAAUUAUAAUAAAGAUCAGAUCAAAGGAGGGUAAUCUAAAAUUCCCCAGAAGAAAUUGUAUUUGUCAUAGCUUUUUAUUCUAAUUACUGUUUUUAUUAUAAAUGUUCAGAUAGAUUUUGUGAAAUGUAUAUUCCUACCAUAAGACUUAGCACUAGGUAUGCAUAUUUAUUACAGUUUUUAUUAUAGCUCUCACAAAAUUACCUCUGGUCAUUUAUUGGCUUAGAACAAUCCCAAAUUAUAAACACCUAAUGUAGAAAUAAAAGCCAAUGUAUACAAAAACAUUCUGCCUUUCUGGUUUAUCAGUCUGUAGUACAAUUUUAUUCAAGUACUAGUGAUUUAGGUUUAUCAUGAAACAGAAUUUAAGUUACACUCACUUGUAGUGUUUAUAAUAAAUGUAUUGUCAAGUAGAGAUAGUCAAUAGUCAGAUCUGGGUAUUGAACCCAUAUAAACAUACACAUAUUUUUUUUUGCUGGAAUUCUUAUUACGUAUUAAUGAUCUUGCACUACCCUGCUACCUCACACACAAAAUUAUGAUACCCAGAGAAAUACUGAUUUCAUUUACAAUUUAUACUCAGAAUAGUUCAAAAAUAUAGUUUCCUCUUUCUCAGGCCCUUGGGAGGAAACUAGAAAUUUAUUUUUCCCUAUCCAGAGGCUUUUCAAAAUGUGAGAUAAAUACUAUAUGUGAUCAAUAACUGACCAAGAAAAAUGCCCUAGGCUUCUAACCAAGCUCCUACAAUAGAUGCAGAAAAGAGGCCAAUGAGAUCGUUGCCUAAAAAAACUCUCUUCCCUACUUUAAGUGCAAGAGAAGCAAGCUCUAGACAGCUAUCCUAACUGAUAAAGCAGAGUCCACUGCGUCUCUUCUGAAAGACUGUGACUAAGAAUCCUACCUCUUAGAUACAGCUGAUACUGUACUGUGUUCUUAACUGCUUACUUAACACUGUAUCUGUUACAUCAUCUUGUAUGUAUGGAAUUUGUGCCACUGACUUUUUGAAUUCUUACUCAGUUACUCACUGCCAUUUAAAAUGGUCAUAGUAGCUUUGCUGGAAAAUCGAAUAACUUAGGAAUGUUAAAAGAUUUUAUUUUUAUAGACAAAAGUAAAAAGAUACUAAGAACCAUGUUGCCUGUAUUAAUCAUAAAGAAGUAAAAUUGUAAGCAAAAACCAAAAUGUUUAUUUUUAAAUGUGUAUUUUCUGCUUCAUAGAAGUUUUUUGACCUUACUGUCUUAAUUAUACUAAAAUCAAGUAAGCCAUCACUUGCUCUGAUUUUUGUCUUGUUAAUUGUAUAAAUUACUACAGUAGCUUAACAAGUUUAGAGAUCAUUGUUCUUAGUUGCAGUUGGACUGUGUGCUCUUUUAUAUGAAUGUCAAUAAACAGAGACUAAGUAAGUGUAAGAAGACAUUGUUGAAACAUAAAUCAAAAUAUACUUAGGAAUAUUUACAAUUAAACAUGAUGUUUUAAACUUAGUAAAAAACAAAAGCAAAAACAAACAAGUACCUGUAAUUUUGUACCUACAGUGAAAAUUCUUUAUCUGAAAUUUUAAAAUACAUUGAUAUAGCAUGUAAUUUUUUUUCUUCUGGAGUAUAAUACAAUGUGGCUCAUAUGGCACUAUAUACUAUAUUUGUGAACUUUUAUCUUAAAUGAACAACAGACUAUGUACUGAGCUCCAUACAACUAAUAAAAGGUACUAUCAAGGAAGUCUUACCAACCUAUCAUAAUUGUUACCUACUCCUUAAAGCUUCUUUAAAAAUUUCAAUCUUAAGUAAAUUUGUUUUUCUUUCAC